UCGGAAAGCUUGACAGUUGUUUGUUUUGCUGACGUCGUAUCAAGAAUUCACUGUGAAUUCACGAAAAAAGUGUUUCCUAAAUACAAGCCAGCUCUGGAAAACAGUUCUUCGUUUGCGUUUUAAUCAUGAGCAACCUGGAAGAAGAACCAGAGGUGAAAAAGGACCACAUUAACAAGAUUGUUCUUUCGGAUGAGGUUCAAGCGGCAAUUGAACAGGUACUCCAAAGUUCCGAUCCAUUGGACCAUCCGGACUUCGAUGCCACUGAUUACGUUAAUCAGCUGUUUCCAAACGAGCAGUCGUUGUCUAAUAUUGACGAUGUCAUCACCAAAAUGGAAUAUGACAUAAGUUUAAUAGAUGAUAACAUCCGGAGUGUAGUCCGGGGUCAGGUGAACACUGGAGAAAAUGGACGAGCUGCUCUGAAGGAAGCCCAGCAAUCUAUUACACAGUUAUUUGCGUUGAUUACGGAUAUAAAAUCUAGAGCAGAAAAAACUGAAGAUAUGGUCAAAGAAAUUACACGGGAUAUUAAGCAGCUUGACUCGGCUAAAAAUAAUUUAACCUAUGCGAUCACAACAUUAAAUCAUCUGCACAUGUUGGUUGGAGGGGUGGAGAAUUUGAAGCAUCUAGCGGAGCGCCGUCAAUAUGGAGAAAUUCUGAAUCCGCUGCAGGCAAUAAUCGAAGUCAACCAGCAUUUUCAGCAGUAUUCGGAAAUAGCCCAGAUUCAGGUACUGUCUUCGCAGGUGCAACAAAUACAGGCAGAGCUGGCAACGCAGAUUACGGAUGAUUUUAAACACUUCUUCUCACCGCCGAAUUCAAGCCACACCGGAAAUCGGAUGACUAUUACACAGCUGAAAGAUGCAUGCCAAGUUGCUUCUGUGCUCGACAAACCGGUGAAAAAGAACAUUCUGAAGUGGUAUAUAAAUCUACAGCUGCAAGAAUAUAUCCAACUAUUCCAUGAAAACCAGGAUAUUGCUUGGCUCGAUAAAAUUGACAAGAGAUAUGCUUGGCUCAAACGACACUUGUUAGAUUUUGAAGAAAAGUACGGCACUAUUUUUCCUAUUGAUUGGGAAGUCUCGGAACAAAUAACCAUUCAGUUUUGUGCAAUUACUCGGGAUGAGCUUACAAAAAUAAUGAGCCGGAGACGGACUGAGAUUGACGUUAAACUGCUAUUAUUUGCUAUACAAAAAACAACAAACUUUGAACAACUACUGGAUAAACGUUUUAACGGAACUGUAACAAUUGGCGGAGAAACGAUUUUGAUCAAAAGAGCUAAUGAGAAAACAUCGUUCAUGGAUCUAAUAGGGACAUGCUUUAAGUCCUAUCUAGAUAUCUAUACAGACAGUGUCGAUCGAAGUUUAGCCGAGUUGAUUAUACAAUUUGCACAGCAAAAUACGCAGCAGAUUGUGCCUAAAGACGGAAACGUGAUGAUUAUUCCAAAUUGUGCGGAAUUGUUUGUGUUCUACAAAAAAUGCAUGGUCCAGUGCACUCAACUUAGUAACGAAAAGCCGAUGUAUGAUUUGACACUCAUUUUUAAAAAGUACUUACGCGAGUAUGCCGCAAAAGUUUUAGAAGCUCGGAUUCCUAAAUUGCAACAAACAAAUUCGACAACAUCAUCGAUCAGCAACAGUAUGUCAUUGUUAACGAAAGACUUACAAAACUUAUCCACAGCAGCCGGACAGGUUAUACACAAUUUUUUGAAGGAAGGAGAAGCACCACGAUAUAAUCUGGACGAUAUUCGUAAGAUAUGCUAUGUGCUGGCCACCGCAGAAUAUUGUUUGGAAACGGUUCAACAACUAGAGGAUAAACUCAAAGAGAAGAUCGAGAAAAGCUACAUUAACCGAGUGGACCUUUCGGACGAGAAAGACGUAUUUCACCGAAUCAUAUCGAACUGCAUUCAAAUUUUGGUUCAAGAUCUUGACACAGGAUGUGAACAGUCGCUAACUCUGAUGACAAAAAUCGCCUGGCACAACAUCAGCAAUGUGGGUGAUCAAAGCGGAUUCGUCAAUCAGAUCGUAACCAACUUGAAGCAGUUUGUUCCGGUAGUUCGGGACAACUUAGCUACCAGUCGAAAAUACUACACACAAUUUUGCCACAAAUUUGUCAACUCUUUCAUUCCAAAAUAUAUCAACACUUUGUUUAAGCUGCGACCGACAACCGCCGGGUCCAGUGCUUCUUCAUCUAUGGUGACAAGCGCAUCGAGUUCAAGCAUCUCCGAAGGAGUCGGUAAUGGACCAACUAGCAACUCAGCCAGUGGAAAUAUUAUGGGUUGCGAGCAACUCUUGCUGGACACACACAGCCUGAAGACUGUACUGCUGGAUUUGCCAUCAAUUGGUUCGCAAGUUCAGCGGAAACCACCAGCUAGCUAUACCAAGGUUGUGAUUAAGGGGAUGGCCAAGGCUGAAAUGAUUAUCAAAGUCGUAAUGCAACCGAUUAACCCUGUAACACUGUAUAUCGAACAGUACCUUAAGAUGUUACCCGAGAGCAACAUGACUGAGUUUCACAAAAUCUUGGAAAUGAAGAGUGUAAGAAAAACUGAACAGCAACAGCUGGUAGAGUUGUACAAGCGCUCUUGCCCACAAACGCCACUGGGAAGUGGAACAACAACAGAAGGAACCGCCACGGUCGCUAGCGCUGCAGGAGAUGCUCUGUUGAGUCAGUCACAGCAGGCAGCAGCGACAGCGGCAGCCGCAAUUAGUGGCGCUGGUUCUAGUAUUAUCGCUUUGGGUGAUUCUCUGAUGGAUAAGGGUAGAAUAAAGAAGAUAGAAAAUUUGAUUAAAAAUAGACUACCCAAUUAAAUUGGAAAUCGAAUAAAGAGUGAAAGUUUGUACUUGUUAUAGAAUAAUUUAAUAUAUAUCUUCAAUGUGAAUAAACUAUGACGUACUAGAAGUACCUAAUUAUAAUUAAA